AUGGAUGUAUAUGGUCGUGAUGCAAGUGAUCAUUAUGCUGACACUUCUGAAGGACCUGUUAAAGUUUCGCAGCCUAAAUAUGACCCAUUUUUCACAAGAAACUUGAGGGUUAUAGAAGACUUGCUAUUUGAUGAGAAACGUUAUCAUUGCACUCCAGGAUUUUGCGUUUUACAGUCCCCUGCAAGAACAACAUGGAUGAGACGCUCCCUUUUCAACUGGCUGAGAGAUAUUUGCAUUCAUCGUGGCACGGAUGGUGAAGUCCUGGCGCAUACUGCUCAGCUGAUCGACCGUUACAUGCACUUAGUUCCAACUGAACAAGAUGAAUACCAACUUGAGACUGUACCUAUUGCAUUGAAAAAAGUUGCUGAAUAUACCGCUAAUUCAUUAACAGAGCAAGAUGUAUUAGCUAAAGAAUUGACUAUCUAUUUUAUUGCACCUGUGGUCGAAUUCCUCGAGUUCGUUCCUAGUUUGCGUCAGAUAAUCCGUCAGGCUGCUCUUUGUGUGUUUAUCAAGGUUUUUCAUGUCGAAGAGCUUGGAAAUUACAUGCCUAGCUAUAUGGCAGCAGCGUGCAUUCUCUAUGCACUCAAUUUAACCGUACAUCGCGAUUUAAGUGAAGUUGCCAUCCGAUCUGUUACUCUCAUACAGCAAAUUUUAAAGCUUGAGGCGCGAAAGAUGCGUCAGGUUUAUCAGGUCCUUCAAGCUUGUUUCGAGCCUGGCACAGUGCAACUUUCAAAUUCUGUACUAUUAGGCGAUUUAGAACCUCCUGACAGCCCUGCUCCUGGAGACCCAACUCAGAUGACUCAUCAGUUACUUCCAUCUGCCACACAAUCAAUCAAUGCACCUGUCUUACUUCCGAUGACUACUAGUGUUUUCAUCCAUCCACAUCUUGGCGUUUCCAACCAGCCUUUGCUGUCUUCUGUUGAUAUCCCUAUAUCCGCCUCUAUGAUUUAUGUAAAUAACGGUGUCAGUUUUGAUCAUAUUUCUAUACCCACAACAUCUGCUUCGAUUUCAGCUUGCUCUACCUCAUCUCCUCCUUCAGAAGCCGAAACUUUGGGAUUAAAUGAGCUGGAAAACGAACCGUCUCGGUGUGCUUACAACAAUAAACCCCGGUUAUCCAUGCCCAUAAUCCAUUAUCCCCACAGUAGACAGUUUUGUCAUCAUUCCAAUGUAACAGUUACUGGAAAUUUGCGUGAACGUAAACUGGUCCCAUUAGUUUGGGAAAGUUCAGUUUCGGAUUGGACAAAUCAGUAUAAAUGA